CGAGCGUUGAGUUCCGCUUCACGUGACGACAAUCCGAGAAGCGAUGGAUCUCUCGCUCUAUCGAUACAACGCUUCGAUGAUGGAGUACUACUCGUGUCACGGCGGCGUCAAUCAGUUGGGCGGCGUUUUCGUGAACGGCCGGCCGCUGCCAGACGUCGUGCGCUCCCGCAUCGUCGAGUUGGCGCACCAGGGCGUGCGGCCGUGCGAUAUCUCGCGCCAACUGCGCGUCUCGCACGGCUGUGUCUCCAAAAUCCUCGGCCGUGAACGCUUGACACGUGAAACGGAACGAUGCGUUCGAGUGCGCUCUCAUUGCACGCGACAACAGCUCUCUCUUCAGCCGACUCUCAGUCCGCGACUGGCAGUCGAAGAGCAAAGGAAUGAGACGACAGUAGUGGCAGUGGUCGUGACUAUCGCGACGACUGUCGUUCAAAAGCAGAGCUUAGCUUUUGUUAAGCGAAACGAACGCAAAGCCAACUAUAGGUUCACUUUUAGGUAUUACGAGACGGGAAGCAUAAAGCCCGGAGUUAUCGGCGGCUCGAAGCCCAAAGUGGCCACUCCGCGCGUGGUCGACGCCAUCGCCAACUACAAGAAGUCGAACCCCACGAUGUUCGCGUGGGAGAUCCGCGACCGCCUCCUCUCCGACGGCAUUUGCGACUCCGACAACAUUCCCUCCGUUUCCUCCAUUAACCGCAUUGUCCGCAACAAAGCGGCCGAAAAGGCGAAGCACGUGCACCACCAGCCAGUGUCGCACCCGACGGCCGCGUCGCCCAAACACAGCGACAACCAGACGUCGGUUAUCGUGCAGUCGUCGCAACAGCAGUCCAUGUACUCCAUCAACGGCAUCCUCGGCCUCGCGCAGGACACGAACGCCGACCACAAGAGAGCGACGAAACGCAGUAACGAAGUGCAACACGAGACCAACAAUGGUCACCAAACCAACGAGUCAACGCAUUCGACGUCUCGCUCGCCGUCGAACGACUUCAAGACGACAGACGCGAAGCCGUCGUUCGUGGCGUCGCAUCCGUCGCAGACGACGACACAGACGACGACCACUCAGUCGACGCCGUCGUCCGACUCGUACUGGACUCAGAGCAAUGCGCAGCAGUUGUCCGCCUAUUCUGGUCAGAGCGCCCCCUCAUCGGCCGACGCGCCCCCUCACCACUCCAACACACAUUCCGAGCUGUCGUCCGGACAGACGCCCGGCGCCGCGUCCGCCGUCUCGUCGCACGCGCACUACGAGACCACCACUCUCUACACGCCUCCAAUCGGUGAGUGUUUUCCGCUUUUCUAUCGCUCUUUGGGCUGCGGUUUGGGUUUCGGUUUGGGUUUCGGUGUUUGCGGUGUUUCGGUGUCUGACGUCUAUCUGUCGCCGCGUCUGUCGUCUCUUGCGUCGCCUUUCAUUGUUGCCUCGAUUUCAGUGCAAAACGCGUUACAAAACUCGGAGCAAUCCAUCACUUAUCACGAGUUGGACAAACUCGCCGCCAAUCAGGACUUCUUUUACGCCACGAACGCCGCAAACACCGCCCCCUACGCGCCCACCGGUAGUUCGCGGGUAGCCCUAACCCAGAAUAACCCCCUUUCUGCCCCCACAGGCUCGACCGCCACUUCCGGUGACUACUACGCGGCGGCCGCUUACCACCACGCGCACGCGCCCUACUACGCGCCUCCCGCCUCGUACGGCGCGCAAUACGGACAACUGGCGGCCAACACGACGCCCUCCGCCGCCGCGCAACACAACGCGCUCGCAAUCAACCCCUACUACUACUCGUCGGUGCCGUCGCUCGCGAUCCAAAGGACGUCUUCAUCGCCGCCGUCGUCGCGCACAACAGUCACGCUUUGAUUUCGACUCAUAUUUCGCU